AUGUCGACCUCGCCGCUGCCCGUUUUGAACGCCUUGGUUCAUGACUAUCCGCUUCGACGACUAUCAAUCGGCCGAGCCAGUGCCACAUGCACCUCGAGAGACCUGACGUGGCCGGAGUGGAUAGAAAGAGAGUCCCAGAAAAGGACACUCUGCGCAACCCACUUCCUGAGUAACCUCCUCAUGGUAAUUUACGACAUGUCGCCGGGAUUCCUGAAACCCGAGGACCUCGAGUUUGAGAUGCCGGACGAGGAAAGGCUGUGGAACGCGAGGACCGAAGGAGAGUGGCACCAGCUCCGGAGCGAGCGUGUGAUCCGCAACCCGCGGAUUUUGGGGUCCGUUCUGGCCGAUGUCAUGUCCGCAGAAGGAGCCGCUGCUGGGGACUGUGUCGGCGAGGAAAAUCGUUAUGAUAUCAGCGCGUUCACGGCCCUUUUCAUUAUGCACGCCGUGAGCACCCACUUGUGGAUGAGCAUCCGCUGUGCGCGGUCGAUGGCGCCACAUGCCGACCCUUUCGCUGGGGCCCUGGGAGGCUCCGAGCUGCGGCGUCUCGUGUUGUCGAAUGGCAUGGCGAUACUCAGUCGGUGCCACAGGGUGCUGUCCGGUGGCGGCCGCGAGGCUGAGAACCAAGACGACGCAGCAGCCUGGGACCACCCGGCCGGCCCACUGCUGUUCAACUGCCACGGAGUCCUCCGGAUUGCAUGCUCGCGACUGUUGACGUCGUCAUACCAGCCAUUCCAGCACUUAACUCUGAUUACAAACGCGGCGGGGAGCACCGAUGAGGCCGCGGAGGCGUACGCGGCGAGCCCUCAGGAACGCAACGACUUCUUCACAAAGGUCAUCUCGAUGGCCUGCCAGAGCUUCCUGACCCCCGUCCAGGCAGGACAUAUGCUCGUAAGGAAGACGGCGGCCCUUUCGUGGGGCGUUGAGCACGCAGUCGCGGGAUGGGACAGCGUAGACGUUUGA